UGUAGAAUAACUAAAUGAUAAAAAAAAACUCUACAGUCGUGACUGAUAUUAAAAAUUUUGUACGUAAAACUUAGAUAUUCACUAUGCUUCCGAAUAAAUUUACAUUGUUGAAUUUUUUUCUAAUAUUGCUCAAUGCAAUCGCAAAAUCAGAAUCAAGUUAUCGUCUUCCGAAAACUACAGUCCCACGGUUUUAUGAAAUUGAAUUAGAACCUCAUUUGCUUGAACACGAGUUUUCAUUUACCGGCAAAAGUUCCAUUGUUUUUGAAGUAAUCGAGCCCAUUAAUUCGGUAGUUUUACACAGGUCAAAAAAUAUUUUUAUUGAUCGUGAGUAUACUGAAGUCAUCAAUGAAACUGGUUAUUCUUAUCCAGUUCUUCAGCAUAAAUGGGUAGCUGAAAAUGAAUUCAUCAAGCUUAAGAUCGGUGAUAAUCUUCAAAUCGGUAAUUACACACUGAAGCUACAUUGGAAAGGCUACAGUAAUGCUGUAAAAAACACUGGAUUCUAUCGAGCAAUCGAUGAUGAUGUUAAAAAUAACUCCAAAUAUCUUGUAGCAACAAAUCUUCGAGAAAUAUAUGCAAGGAGCGUUUUUCCAUGUUGGGAUGAGCCUGGUUACAGAACUAUUUACAAAAUCUCCGUAAAACAUCCUGCAAAUUAUCAUGCGUUGUCUAACAUGCCGAUAGAAUCCACGCGCAUGCUUAGUAAUCGCACUGUCAUCACCGCUUUUGAAAACACAGUCCCAAUAUCUUCUUACCAAGUGAGCGUCGUAGUAUCUGAUUACAAAUCACUUAGCAAUCAUGAUCAAAAAUUGAAUGUUUAUACCAAGAAAAACGAUUCAAGGUUUUUUGAACAUGUUUUACUAGAACAAGAAAAAGUCCUACUAAAAGUAGAACAGUACACUGGAAUUCCGUACAUUUUGCCGACAUUGAAUUCAGUCACAGUUCCACAAUUUAUGAAAGCUUCGGUGGCCACUUCAAAUCCAGGACUCAUUACUUACAAGGCCAAAAAAGUGAAAUUGAUCAGUAAGAAUUCAGCAAUUGUGACUUAUCAAACUAAAAAAACAAUAUCGCAAGUCGUUGUUCUUGAGGUACUUCAACAAUGGUUUGAAAACAUGGUGUCUCCUGCUUGGUGGAAUGAUUUAUGGCUAACCAAAGGAAUCCCUGUGUACUUGCAGUAUAAGUUUCUUGAUCAGUUGUACCCAGAGUUAGAAGCAACUGAUUUCGAAACAAUUGAUAGCUAUCAGUUUAUAUUCAUUACAGACGCCAUAGCGCGUCUUAAUUUACCAUCACUAGCAUCCGUGCCUCAGAGUCCAUCUUUAAUCAGAAAAAAGUUGAAUAUUGUCAAUAACAUAAGAAGUUUCGUAAUAAUUCAGAUGUUAGAGCAUGUCGUUACUCAAGAUGUUUUUCGAUUAGGGCUCUAUCAUUUUCUCAAAGACAAUAAAUAUAAUGCAGUUACAGCGGAAGAUUUUUGGUUCAGCCUCCAGAAUGCUUAUGAUGAAAAAUUCGUCAACAAUUCGUUCAGCAUCAAGGAACAUAUGGAUCCGUGGUUAAACCAACCCGGAUAUCCAAUCUUGAAGGUCACGCGAAAUUACGAAAGUGGGUUGGUGACAGUUUCUCAGUCAAAUUCGUUGCCGAAUCAUAAAGACGUUACUUGGAGUAUUCCAAUUUCUUAUGCAACGCGGUCGAAGCCUGAUUUCAAUAAAACGUCACCAGUAACUUGGAUUAAGCAAAACAAGACGUCUAUAGCAUUGGCGAGAGUUGACGCUCGCGAUUGGAUCAUUCUGAAUGUCCAACAAAGAGGAUACUACAAAGUCAUCUACGACAUGAAAAAUUUGGAGCUAAUCACUAAUUAUCUCUCAACGAAUGACUUCAAAAACAUACAUUCUAUAAACCGUGCUCGAAUAAUCGACGAUGUUUAUAAUGCAUACGUACUCGACAACGAAUACUUUGAAAUAGCUAUUCGCAUCAUCGGAUACUUGCAUCAUGAAACUGAUUACUUACCAUGGUGGUCGGGUACUGAGCUGAUUAAACAAAUAAUUCAAUCAACGUACAUCCAAGCUAAUGAAUUGUUUAAAAGUUAUAUCAAUAGCAUAACAAAGAACAUAAUUAUAGCAAUUGGCACGGUAGAAAGUGAAAAUGAUUCUGAACUAGUAUUACGAUUGAGGCGCUCUUUGUUAUCGAUAUACUGUCGAUUCAAUUACAAUGAAUGCAAGCCUAUAGCAUAUCGAAUUUUCAAUUCAUCAGUCCUGGAGCUUUUUGGGGUCACAAAUAUGGACGCCAUAUACUCAUGGGCAAUGUGCAACGUUUUUGAAGACUUCAGUCCCUCAAAAUGGGGCAAAUUUUUCUCCGCUGAUUUUCCUAUUUUCAAAAAGAACCCAGAUAUCAAAUUCAUGUACUUACAUUGCGCAAACUCAAGUAACGUCCUCGAAAAGUACUUGAACAGUAUUGUUAACAGUACGGAUAAUCAAGUUGACUUUAUCAGUGUUUUUGACAACAUUGUUCAUCAUACUAGACACAAUCACACUGAAUUUAUAUUAAAUUACUUUAGGAACAAUUUCGAUGCUCUGCAAAACAAGUUUUUGAAAAUGGGCAGAAGAGACGCUAUUCCGUUGUUGAUCAAAAAACUUACUUACAACAUCGACAACCCCGUUCUGUGGAAACAGUUCAUGUUUUUCAUCGACUCUCGGAGUAAGGAACUGAAUACAAAGUAUCCAGUGUAUAAAAAUAAUGUAAUACAAGCGAUUUUUUCCCUUAUAAAUGAGAAGGAUUAUGAAAACGACUUCUUCGAGUAUAUUUAUGAGGACAUGCUUGAGUCAUUGCAAUCGUAGUCCUGUUAAAAUGUUUUUGAAUAAAUCAAAAAAUUGUGAUGGAUGUUUUGUAAUAAAAAGUUUGAGCAAAAUGUAACUCUUAUCUUUGUAUAAUUGACUCUUAUCACUAGACUCCAAAAAUG